UCGCCUGGAGUUCGUCGGGAGAGGCGGCUGCCCUUUCUGCCUCCUCCGUCCGCUGUGAGUGGGGUGCGGAGAGGCUGCCGGGGAGCCUUUGCGGAAACACCGAUCCCGACGAGGGACUCCCGAGUUGCGUGAGUGGCGGCUCUGCCCGUGCAAAGGGGCCCCUUGCUGGAGGGUUGCAGAAACUAAACUCAUCACAACAACCUUCCUAACAACAAAAGGUACACUUGGGAGAAGAUUCUGGAUAGCUUUUGUAAUCAAUCCUGCAGCUCCAGGAAUCGUCCUAUGAAUUGAAAGGUCCACAUUUGGAGAUCCACAAGAUUCCUCAGAACUAUCUGGAAUUUCCUUACCGGACAGAGAAAGAAUGCAGAAAGAAGUGUUAGGAAGUGAGGGAACUGGAAAAGGCCCCUUAGCUGUUCACCCUGGCAGCUGUGGGUUGAUCUGGCCAAGAACUGGGCAGAAGAUCCUGGAGAAGGAAACCAUCAUCCGUUCAGAGAUUCAGACAUGCAGCUUCAGAAACAUCCAAUACCAGGAAGCGGGAGGUCCCCGAGGACUUUGCAGCCAACUCCACAACUUUUAUAGUCAAUGGCUGAGAUUAGAAAAGCACACUAAAACUCAAAUGUUGGACCUGGUGGUUCUGGAGCAGCUCCUGGCCCUUCUGCCCCUGCCAAUGAAGAGCUGGGUGCGGGAGUGUGGAGCAGAGACCAGCUCCCAAGCGGUGGCCCUGGCGGAAGGCUUCCUCCUGAGUCAGAGAGAGGAGCAGAAGGAGGAAGUCGAAUUGCAGUCUUUCACGCUGCAGGCCAGAGAACCUAUGAGAAAGAGGAAUCCAUCAAAUCCCCCUCGGGAGCUGUUUUCCAAGGGGGUCUAUCAUGAAUCCGCAAGCGAGGACAUCUCAGAUGGGAAAAACAAAAUGAAUUUGACUCCUUUUUAUGGUGGUGCUGAAAUUCUGAUUGAAGCUCCAAAAGAAGGUCUCGUGUCCUUUAAGGAGGUGGCUGUGUAUUUCUCCGAAGAGGAGUGGUCUCAGCUGGAUGCUGACCAAAAAGCACUGUAUCGGGAAGUCAUGCUGGAAAAUCAUAGGAACGUGGCCUCUUUGGGUAAUAAUGGGGAGGAAGAUGAAGAUUCCAGAGAACUAUUCCAAAUGAUCAGUCGUUCAUACAGUAUGAAGAACCCUGCAGUUCUAAUGGAAGUAGAAAGCCAUGAAAGAAACCACUCAAAUAAUUGGAAUCAGGAAAGUUCACCUUCUAUUCAAGCAGCAAUGAAAGCCUCUGUGGCCCAGCAAGGAAAAAUAAAAAAGAAAUAUAUUGGAAAAUGUAUGGAAGUAUUCAUAAACAAAUUAGAUGUAGAGAAACACCAUCAAACCCAAAUCAAAGGAGAUAAUAUAUAUAGAGACAAUGGAAAAAACUAUAAAUGGACCCUGUCUCUUCCUCAUAAAAAUGGGCCCUGUGUAUCUCAAAAAAGGACCCAUGUAGGAGGGAAGACACAUGAAUCCAUGGAGUGUGGAAAGAGCUUUAUUAAGAACAGUCAACUUAUUUACCAUAAAAGGAUCCAUGACGCAAAGAAAAGAUAUAAAUGCAUGGAAUGUGGUAAAGGUUUUGCUGAAAACGAUAAACUUACACAUCAUAAAAGGAUCCACACAGGGGAGAAGCCCUAUAAAUGCAUGGAAUGCGGGAAGAGUUUUUCCACAAAGACGUAUCUUAAGACCCAUGAAAUGAUCCACACAGGGGAGAAUCCUUACGAAUGCAUUGAAUGUGGAAAGAGUUUUUCUACAAAGUCAUAUCUUAACACCCAUGAAAGGAUCCACACAGGGGAGAAUCCUUAUAAAUGCAUGGAAUGUGGAAAGAGUUUUUCUACUAAGGCGUAUCUUAAGACUCAUGAAAGGAUUCACACAGGGGAGAAUCCUUACAAAUGCAUGGAAUGUGGAAAGUUUUUCUACGAAGGCAUUCUUAAGACUCAUGAAAGUAUUCACACAGGGGAGAAUCCUUAUAAAUGCACGGAAUGUGGAAAGAGUUUUUCUACGAAGGCGUAUCUUAAGACUCAUGGAAGGAUUCACACAGGGGAGAAUCCUUACAAAUGCAUGGAAUGUGGAAAGAGUUUUUCCACAAAGACGUAUCUUAAGACCCAUGAAACGAUCCACACAGGGGAGAAUCCUUAUACAUGCAUGAAAUGUGGAAAGAGUUUUUCUGCGAAGAUGUAUCUUAACACACAUGAAAAGAUCCACACAGGAGAGAAUCCUUAUAGAUGCAUGGAAUGUGGAAAGAGUUUCUCUACGAAGACGAAUCUUAAGACUCAUGAAAGGAUCCACACAGGAGAGAAGCCCUAUAAAUGCAUGGAAUGUGGAAAGAGUUUUUCUACAAAGACAUAUCUUAAGACCCAUGAAAGGAUCCACACAGGAGAGAAGCCCUAUAAAUGCAUGGAAUGUGGAAAGAGCUUCUCUCACGGUAGCGACCUUACUUGCCAUAAAAAGAUCCACACAGGGGAGAGGCCACAUACAUGCAUGGAGUGUGGAAAGAGCUUUAUUAAGAACUGUGAGCUUGUUUACCAUAGUAGGAUCCAUACAGGGGAGAAGCCGUAUAAAUGCAUGGAGUGUGGAAAAUCCUUUACUGGCUGUAGUAAUCUUAUUACUCAUAAAAAGACCCACACAGGGGAGAAGUAUAAAUGUAUGGAAUGUGGAAAGAGGUUUUCUACAAAGACGUAUCUUAAUAUCCAUAAAAGGAUCCACACAGGGGAUGGGCGUUAUACAUGUAUGGUGUGUGGAAAAAGUUUUAUUACGAGCAGUAAUCUUAACUCACAUAAACGGACCCACACAGUGUAGAAGCCAUAUCAGUCUUUGGAAUAAGGAAAAAAACUUCAGCAGGAUGAAUGAAAUGAUAGGUUUAGUUGUUGAAACAUGUGCAUUUCCUAAUUACGUUUACUGAAUUAGAAUUUUUUUUCAGCCUGAUCUUCACAACUGGAAGCCAAGAGACAUGAAUUUGUUAAUGGAAACCAAAGACUAAGCAUGUGGUGGUUUAAUUAUGAAUAGUGGAUUUUGUAACCACUGUCAUUUGAAGGUCAGCCAUGCCAUUUCACAUGAAUAAGAGAACAUCUUUCUUUCUUCACGUUUAUUGCAUUUUCGAUUGGAUCAUAAUAAAGCCUAAACCCCCAAUAAAAAUUUAACUUUUGAGAGCAAGCACAAUUCAAGGCAUUAUACGGGAAAGCUAUAAAUCAGGAAAGAUUUAUAGGAGUUAUAGCUAAAUAUAAAUUACCAAAGAACAAAUGAUGCUAAAAAAUAUACCUUAUGAAUAGAACAGUUUAAGUAGCAAAUCUUUUGCAGUUAAGCUUGUAUAGCUGUCGUUAGAAGUUACAUAAUGAAUUGCAAGAUGUUGAAAGUGGAAAUGUCUUGGGAUAUUGUGCUAAAUUACAAGAACGUUCAAAAGGGAGAUUUCUGGUGACCGUGUAACAGAUUGCCUAACCUAUACUGGAUUUACAAUCACCAUGGUGUAUUCAGUUUGGACAAGGGGCUCAUCUGAGAAUGUAUCCCAGUAUUGAGCUGGAUAAUGAUUGUUCUAGGAGGGAUGUGAUCAGGCAGCUAUUUAAUAGAUGUUUCUUCCAUAAUAAGCAAAAGGAGGUGCAUGUCCCUGAUGCGUCUCUUCAAGACAAAACUUUUUAAAAUCUUAUUUCCUCUCUAGGAGAAAUGAGAACGGGAACUUCUGGAGUGUGAGGAUACAAAAAAGUACACUGUAAACACUUUCCAGUCCAGAUGCUUCAUCCAAGAAGCAUCUGAGGAUGCUUCUUCAAAACUGAAGAUGCUCCUUGGCUAAGAAGCGAAACAUCUUCAAGAAAAUAGAAAGCCCAGUUGCCUUUUGAAAAAGUACCUUUGGCAUUCCUUGGCAAAUCUAGAGGAGCAAAAAGGGUUUUCAUAUGUAAACAUAGAGAAAGGAGAUAGAGAUAGAAAUAGAUAGGUCAAGUAAGAUAGAAAUAGUUACUAAUCUGUGGGUAAUAGAUUAAAAUUAGCAAGGGGCGGUUAGCAUUAAUAUAACUAGGAGUUUAAGUGUGUCUAAUAAAGUUUUUUAUGCAAAAAACAAAUGCUGUCUUUCUUUCUGUUUAUCAUAAUCAGAAAAGCCCUAACAAUUGUUUAUUGGCAAAAAAAAAAUAGGAAGGUUUUGGGUGGGGGAGAAACAUCUGCGUUUCAGAGGCUCCUGGGCUGAAGCUGUUUCUUCAAACAGUACCCACGGAUGAUUCUACGUCAAGAUGGAGAAAAGGCACCAAUUCCAGUUUUCUGCCAGUUAUUCUCCAAUUUUUCAUUAGAGAAAUGGAAAUCAGAGUAGCAGUCAUCCGAAAUUAGAAACCAAUUGUACUUUUCUUUUUAUUCAUGAUUUGGAGAUAACCAUAUCCUUGCCUUAAAUUCUAGAAAGGUCUUAAGUAUUUCCUGUGGAUGCUUUGGAUUCAACCCCUAAAUAAAACAUUUUUCCUCUUC